UCGGUAUAAAACCGUGAGCGCAGGCAAGUUGCGCAGAGACGCUCCGGGUCACCAGUGUGUGAACGAGCUCCUGUCGCCUGCUUCCUCAGCCCUACCACGCCAUUGAUUCAUCCCAUCUCCUCUUUGCCAUCUGCCACCAACCUUCAAGAUGUCCAGCCAAGUCCGCCAGAACUACCAUGAGGAGUGUGAGGCCUCCAUCAACAAACAGAUCAACAUGGAACUGUAUGCCAGCUAUGUUUACCUGUCCAUGAGUUACUACUUCGAUAGGGACGAUGUUGCUCUCCCCGGGAUGAAGAAGUAUUUCAAGGACUCAAGUGAUGAAGAGAGGGAACAUGCCCAGAUUCUGAUGAAGUACCAGAACCAGCGUGGAGGAAGGAUCGUGCUGCAGGCCAUUGCUGCUCCAUGCCAGCAGGAGUGGGGCAAUGCCCAUGAUGCCCUCCAGGCUGCUCUUGACCUGGAGAAACAAGUCAAUCAGAGCCUCCUGGAGCUACAUGGCAUUGCCAGCAAGCAUAACGACCCCCACCUUACCAAGCUGCUGGAAGAUGAAUUCCUUUCUGAACAGGUGGAAGCCAUCAAGAAGAUUGGGGACAUGAUCACCCGCCUCAAGCGUGCUGGAACCUCUGGCUUGGGAGAGUUCAUUUUUGACAAGGAGCUUGCAUAAGAGAACAUCAGUUAAACUAGAUGGGCGUACAACUCAUCUAGUUUUUUAAUCAGAUUGAAGUAGUAACUUGAAUGACAGAUAUAAACACAUUUUGAGCUUUAUUUCAUUAUAGCUUCAACACAAGAAAGAAAAUUUGAUUUUACAAUUACCAGAAAUUUCUCAAGUGCUGUAUUUUGUGUAUAUUGACAGAAGUCAUUUAGUAUGUAACAUUCUUAUGAAUGCAUUUAUGUAUGUAAUGGAUGUAUAGCAGUGACUUGUCGCCACUAAACAACAGCAUUCACUUUGGCAUCAGGUUUGUACAUGUUGAUUUUGCUUCACUUGCCUCAGCUUGGUGUUGGCACCUAAAUUAUUCUGUUAUACAUGGCACUCAUUAAAAGGUUAUCACCCA